GGUUCUCAUUAAGUUGAUAGAAAACAUGAAUAUUCUCGGGACAUGUUAUUUACGAUCGAUUAACGUAUCAUAACAGGCCUGCUGCAAGAAAAUGGUUUAUAACCUUUAAUAACGUUACAAUCACGACACGACAACUAUGACAACGAGUUAAAAACAUUUAAAAAAAAAAAGUUAUAUAUAUAUUUAUAGCAUCCAGACAUAACCCAAUGCGAAAAGCUGCGAUGAAUAGACUUCAGUCAUUACAAAUACAACACAAUAAUUUUCAAAAAAACUCGCAACUAUUUUGAACUUGAAUCUUUACAGACUGUCAAAAAAAUUAAAAUAAAAUAAAUGAUAAUACAGGCCUAUUUGUAAUAGUGGCUGUAUACACGAGGACCAUUAGACGGCGCUAUUGGACAGCUUUAAAUUUAGCAGAAAAAAAGUUUACAAUCUCUCUUAUAAACAUGAGGAUGAUUUCAUGUCCUGCUUCGCGCGUCUAAAUACAGCCCCGUGAUCAUCCGGGCUGUGAGCAGCACAUUCAUGGUCAGAGGGUAAAUGUCCAUGUAACAACAGUGUAAGUGCCCUCAUCACCGCCCCUCCCAACCGAAGCUCGGGAAAACAGCUCAGCCCUCCGUCCUUCUGGGAGGAAAACACGAUGAACCGCGAGGAUGCACAGCACGUCUUCGUGACACACGCGCGAGAAGUGUUUAGGAUGCCGCUGUAAGUCCGCACGCAUCCGGCGAGCAGCAGCAGCAGCAGCAGCGGCGGCGGCAGCAUCCCUCCUCCGGCCCCGGGUCUGCUGUCAGCGCAGCGCGGAUGGUGGGAAAAGACCCUCCCAAAGGAAAACAGACGAAAGAAAGAUGAAAUGUUUCUCCCGGUACCUGCCUUACCUCUUCCGACCCCCGAGCACCCUGCUCUCCUCGAGCUGUCACACGGAAGCUGACAUCAUCUCUACUGUGGAGUUUAACUCUACUGGAGAGCUCUUGGCCACAGGAGACAAGGGAGGAAGAGUUGUGGUUUUCCAAAGGGAGCAAGAGAGCAAGAACCAGCCUCACAGACGUGGGGAGUAUAAUGUUUACAGCACGUUUCAGAGUCACGAGCCGGAGUUUGACUACCUGAAGAGUUUAGAGAUUGAGGAAAAGAUCAAUAAGAUACGCUGGCUGCCUCAGCAGAAUGCUGCCUACUUCCUGCUCUCCACCAAUGAUAAAACUGUGAAACUGUGGAAGAUCAGUGAGAGGGAUAAGAGACCGGAGGGAUAUAACCUGAAGGAUGAAGAUGGAAGAAUCAGAGACCCAGCCACCAUCACAACAUUACGGGUGCCAGUGUUGCGGCCCAUGGACCUCAUGGUUGAGGCAACACCUCGGAGAGUGUUUUCCAAUGCACACACAUACCACAUCAACUCCAUCUCUGUCAACAGCGACUAUGAGACCUUUAUGUCCACCGAUGACUUGAGGAUCAACUUGUGGAACCUGGAGAUCACAAACAGAAGCUUCAACAUUGUAGACAUUAAACCAACGAACAUGGAAGAGCUGACGGAGGUGAUAACGGCAGCAGAGUUUCACCCUCACCAGUGCAACACCUUUGUCUACAGUAGCAGUAAAGGCUCCAUACGGCUGUGUGACAUGAGGGCAUCAGCGCUCUGUGACAACCACUCAAAAUUUUUCGAGGAGCCAGAAGACCCAAGCAAUCGCUCCUUUUUCUCUGAAAUCAUCUCCUCUAUUUCUGACGUAAAGUUCAGCCACAGUGGGCGGUACCUGAUGACACGUGACUACCUGACAGUGAAGGUCUGGGAUCUCAACAUGGAGAGCAAACCACUGGAAACCUAUCAGGUACAUGAUUACCUAAGAAGUAAGCUGUGCUCGCUGUACGAGAACGAUUGCAUCUUCGACAAAUUUGAAUGUGUUUGGAAUGGAUCAGACAGUGUGAUUAUGACUGGUUCUUACAACAACUUCUUCCGAAUGUUCGACCGUAACACGAAGCGUGACGUGACUCUGGAGGCGUCCCGGGAGAACAGCAAGCCUCGGGCGAUCCUGAAACCGCGCAAGGUGUGUGUGGGCGGAAAGCGUCGCAAAGAUGAAAUCAGUGUGGACAGCCUGGACUUUAGCAAGAAAAUUCUCCACACUGCCUGGCAUCCUUCUGAGAACAUCAUCGCUGUGGCAGCCACCAAUAACCUUUACAUAUUCCAAGAUAAGGUCAACUAGCACAACUGUACCACCUCCUCAUAAAAAGAGAGAGAAAGAGGAACAAGACGCUGCAGCUCAGCGGGAGAUAGCAAGGUGUCUUGUGUGAUGAGAAACAGGAAGUUACCUACGAUGCUGGCCAUGUGCAAGGAUGCUGCAAAGACAUUCACAAACAAGUAGCAUCCUGCCCUGCACAAUCAUUCUUCCUCUAUUAAGUAUCUGCAUUUCCUCUUCCUUGAACUUGUUUAUUUAUCGUAUUUAUUCAUUUCUCUAGUGGAAGGAAAUGCCUGACUCUUUAAAUCCGGACAGAUGUGCAUUUUCACUGCAGUGAUACGAAGAAUUUUUAAUAAGGCAAAUAGACAGGCCUUCACUGACAUCCUGGCAUCGGAAGCAAAGGGGUGCCUUUACUAAAAAACAAAACAAAAUGGAUUUCCAUUCCCUUUGAAACACAACGCCCUCCAACUUCCUCCGAAAUGUCUGACUGAUUCGUAAUAGACUUAGAAUGUGAUCUGCGCUGAUUGUAAUGUUGAAACAAUCUGUGGAUGGAAUCACAGUCCCUUGCGACCUGAUUAUUCGUCUUGAAAGGAGCUCUGAAGUAAAAGUCAAUCCCACUGGUCAUGUUUUGUCAUUUCAUGUUGUCCUCUUACGUUGAUGUAUCCAUUAAUAAGCUGUGGUGCCUUCUUUUCGUAUGUGGGUACUUGGGCGGCAGACGGGGCGGAGGGUGGGUGGGUUUUUCGGAAAGGGUGGUAUUUGGUUUGUGAAGUGUGAAUGUUUUUACAAGAAAUGUGAAAAAUAGCUUUGUGUAAGAAGGGAAGAGAAUUGCAGCGACACGGAUUUUCAGUACACAGAAUUGAAGUACUUGAAUUUUGCAUUAUACUCCCCACUUUAUCUCAGUAUGCUCAUAACUUUACAGUAUACCCUGACCUUUUUUUUUUUUCUUCAGUGCCGUGCUGGGUGAAAAAGUAUUAUUGCAUGCAACAUGUCAUCUAUAUUGAGCCAAUGAAGAAAAUGUCUGUUCCGUACCAUCAAAUGAAACUGCAACAAUCAGACAUCCAUCUUUUUUUUCAUUGUUUCCGCUGCAUUCGUCUGAGACUGUUAAAACGUCAUCGUUCAGUUGUGUCACUUUGGCCUGAGGAUGACAGAAAUACCGGUAUCAUGAUGUAGCCUAUACGUGACGUGAAGGUUAAAUGAUAUCAGGGAAUUUUAUUAUGUACAAACGAACCAGUAAUGUUCUCUUCUGAAAAAAAAAAAAAACUUCAGAUGUAAACUUCUUAAUGAAACAAAGUUUUAUAGCUCAGAAUGUAUCUACAUGCAAUUAUUUGCCAUGCAGUCUUUAUGCUUAAUGGAAUUCGUUGAAAAUAAAAAGAAACGAAAAUGAAGUUGAAAUUAAA